AUGUCGGAACGUGUCACUAGCCUUUCGCUCGGAGUUUACGAUCAAGUAAUUGCACUAACUCAAUACAUGAUUAACUCCGGCUUCGAUGCAGCCUAUACAGUCGCAACCUCAGGUGAUGACUCGCCUCAAAUCCCACUCGAUCUCACGGAUCGACUUGGUAUUGGCCUUGGAAACAUCACGCUUGGAAGCCCCCGCUGCAUAAUCUCCACGGAUGCGGACAACCAUGCCUUUCAAGGUGUUGAUGAAACAUCUGAGAAGUUCCAAGAAAUUAGAACACAAAUGGGUAUGCCCGGGGAUUAUACUAUCCAAACACUCCUCGUCGAUAUGAGUACCGCCCAAUUUGGUAGCCCUCAAAUGGGCAUGUGCACUUUUGGGAAUUGGUCAGCAGAUGAUUAUAUCAUAGAUGCAAACGGCGACAGACAAACACCACCCAAUGCCGUACCUGGACAACCAAGAGAUCCAUCUUCCAUGUGGUCUACCAGUAUACGAGAUCAAUUUCAGAUGCAAUUGUCUAACCCACAGCUUCAUAAGAAGCUCAUGGAUGCAGGCCUACAAGACCUUGGCUAUAGCGCUACAGCAAAAAAUAUUGCUACUGCUGGUCACGAGCCGACUUUUCUUCCAACAAAUUUGAGGUUUCAGACGAUUCCCUGGUUUGACCCAGCGAACAGGUCGACUUAUGUCCCAACUCCCGGGCUUACUGGCAAAUCAGUUCUGAAUUAUCUUCUUUAUUUAGAGACAACAGGCGAUAACCCAUUUCCACAAGGCGGCACGGAAGAUACAUUCCUUAAAGAUGGCGAAGGAAACUGGACCGAUGGAACUGAUCCAGCUACUGACUCUCCUUCCAAAUUUGGCACUAUGGUUAUCUCAAAUAAAAAUUUCAUGGACAAGUUCUUCCUUCCGAAGAUGAGAAAGUUGAAUCGCUCGGCAGCUGUGAAGUUUGACACUCUAACUAUUCGGGUUCAUCAGACCGCCUGGGUAUUUUCUUAUGAUAACAAGAUAACUUUCAGCAUCAGUGUGGGUGAUGGCGUCACCGCUUACAAUGUCGUCGAUUCGGGCGAUGACACUUAUGCAUUCGCGUCACCGAAAGCCAUAUCUGAUGGAACAACAUGGGGAGCGACAGAAUGGGCAGCGUUACCCGCCUUGGCAUCAGGUGCCGUUCAAUGGACCUUUACCAAAGAUUUUGAUGAAGUCCACAGCCAUGAUACUAGCGGUUCCUCCAGCAUAGAUGAUACAAUUGGAGAUGUUUGGGGCCGUAGUUCAAUUUGUUCGCGAUUGUGGUUCGUCCCAGGCACAAACAAAUUAACACUAGAAUUACAAAACCAUGUCUACGUGGAAUGGAAGCUCAACCCCAACCGGGUUGACUCAAAUCGUUACUGGUAG